CUGCGCCAACGUUUCACCUUUCGCCGGCCUUCUUCCUUCAUUCUGACUUAUAUAUGCGUUCAAAGGGACAGAGGACUACCGCACAAACAUGGCACAAGCGGUUGGGUCAUCCCUCGCAAGAAGCUCUUAACAACUCGAUUAAAGCAUCGCUUUUCGACAAGGACGCCCCCCUUUUAACCAACGGCCAAGGACUUCGACCUAGCAAUCGCCAACUACCCUGCACCAUCUGCCCCGACGCUCACCUGAGGCAUGCUCCGUUCCCGUCGCACUUCUCGAGUGCUACUACGUACUCACCCAUGGAUGUCGUUUUCAGCGACAUACUUCUCAUGCCGCAGGAAGCAGAGGAUAUCAGGGGCAACGACUCUCGCUAUAUAAUUACCUUCAUUGACGGUGCUACUCGAUAAGUCUGGCACAAGACCAUCCCUCACAAGUGUG